CGCGCGUGCGCGCGCGCGAGACCGUUAACUGGGCUGUCAGGAGUGGUGCUGGAGCCAAAGCUGCGUGCGUCGCGGUGGCCGAGCCAAAUCGUAUUGGGUCGAGCCGAACUGAACCGAUCCAGAACUGAACCCCGCCGGACCGAGUAUUCGUUUUAUCCGAAACUUGCUACAGAACGAGCGCAGGGCAACCCAGUAACUGAAAGAUAGCAAUAACAAAGCACACCGUGGUGCCGGGCCGGGCUCUGGUCCAGUUCCUGUUAUUUUCCUGUGUUCGGACCCGGACUUCGCAGGUACCGAAUUCCCAGUGACAGCACAUCGGAUAUUCGGACUAGGCUCCAUGGUGCUGGUGUCUCCAGCAACCGACUGAUUGGGCUUUGAAACCUCGCCGCCUGGCCGUCCCUGUCGCCAUCCCCCCUCCCUCCCAUCCGCCAUGGGUAACCGCGGGAUGGAGGACCUGAUUCCGCUGGUGAACCGGCUGCAAGACGCCUUCAGCGCCAUCGGCCAGAGCUGCAAUCUAGACCUGCCCCAGAUCGCGGUGGUCGGCGGGCAGAGCGCAGGGAAGAGCUCCGUGCUAGAGAAUUUCGUCGGCAGGGACUUCCUGCCCAGAGGCUCUGGGAUCGUCACUCGCCGGCCACUGGUCCUGCAACUCAUCAGCUCCAAUGCAGAAUAUGCCGAGUUCCUCCAUUGCAAAGGGAAGAAAUUCACUGACUUCGACGAGGUUCGCUUGGAGAUCGAGGCAGAGACGGAUCGCCUCACAGGGGCUAAUAAGGGCAUUUCUCCUGUGCCCAUCAACUUGCGCGUCUGCUCCCCGCACGUGCUCAACCUGACGCUCAUCGACCUGCCCGGCAUCACCAAGGUGCCUGUGGGGGACCAGCCAGCCGACAUCGAAUACCAGAUCCGAGACAUGAUCAUGCAGUUCAUCUGCAGGGAGAACUGCCUCAUCCUGGCCGUCACCCCCGCCAACACGGACCUGGCCAACUCCGACGCGCUCAAGCUGGCCAAAGACGUGGACCCUCAGGGACUGCGCACCAUCGGAGUCAUGACCAAAUUGGACCUGAUGGAUGAGGGAACUGAUGCCCGGGAUGUUCUGGAGAACAAGCUGCUGCCCCUACGCAGAGGGUACAUCGGCGUAGUGAACCGCAGCCAGAAGGACAUAGAGGGCAAGAAGGACAUCAAGGCUGCCCUCGCCGCAGAGAGGAAGUUCUUCCUGUCGCACCCUGCCUACCGGCACAUAGCCGACAGCAUGGGCACACCGCACCUGCAAAGGGCGCUCAACCAGCAACUGACGAACCACAUACGGGACACCCUGCCUGCCUUCCGCAGCAAGCUACAGACGCAGCUGCUGGCUCUGGACAAAGAGGCCGAGGAGUACCGCCAUUUCCGGCCAGACGACCCCUCCCGCAAGACCAAGGCUCUGCUGCAGAUGGUCCAGCAGUUCUCCGUGGACUUCGAGAAGAGGAUCGAGGGCUCCGGCGACCAGGUGGACACGGUGGAGCUGUCCGGAGGAGCCAAGAUCAACCGCAUCUUUCACGAGCGCUUCCCCUUCGAGCUGGUCAAGAUGGAGUUUGACGAGAAGGACUUACGUCGGGAAAUUAGUUACGCCAUUAAGAACAUCCAUGGGAUCAGGACGGGGCUCUUCACGCCGGACCUGGCCUUCGAGGCCAUCGUGAAGAAGCAGAUCGUGAAGCUGAAGGGGCCGUGCCUCAAGUGUGUCGACAUGGUCAUCCAGGAGCUUGUCAGCACGGUGCGGCAGUGCACCGUCAAGCUGGGGUCCUUUCCGAGGCUCCGGGAAGAGACUGAGAGAAUCGUGACCACACACAUCCGGGACCGAGAGAGCCGGGCCAAAGACCAGGUCUUGCUGCUUAUUGAGGUCCAGCUUUCAUACAUCAACACAAACCAUGAGGAUUUCAUUGGAUUUGCAAAUGCUCAGCAGAGAAGCACCACAAUGAGUCAGAAGAGCUCUGCGGGGAACCAGGGUGCAGCUCCGCCACCUCCCAGCCAAAUUGUAAUCCGGAAGGGCUGGCUGACCAUCAACAACAUCAGCAUCAUCAAAGGUGGGGCCAAGGAAUACUGGUUUGUGCUGACAGCGGAGAGCCUGUCGUGGUUUAAGGAUGACGAGGAGAAGGAGAAGAAGUACAUGCUGCCUCUGGACAACCUGAAGGUGCGCGACGUGGAGAAAGGAUUCAUGUCCAGCAAGCACAUCUUCGCCAUCUUUAACAUUGAGCAGAGGAAUGUCUAUAAAGACUACCGCUUUCUGGAGCUAGCCUGUGACACCCAGGACGAUGUGGACAGCUGGAAGGCCUCUCUGCUCCGUGCUGGGGUGUACCCCGAAAAAGUCUCAGCGGACGGCGAGAACUCCGGCCCUUCGGACUCCUUCUCCAUGGACCCACAGCUGGAGCGGCAGGUGGAGACCAUCCGGAAUCUGGUGGACUCCUAUAUGGCCAUCGUCAACAAGUGCAUCCGAGACCUUAUGCCCAAGACCAUCAUGCAUCUCAUGAUCAUCAACGUAAAGGAGUUCAUCAAUGCCGAGCUGCUCGCCCAGCUCUACUCCACGGGGGACCAGAACGCUCUCAUGGAUGAGUCGCCGGAGCAGGCCCAGCGCCGGGACGAGGUCCUGCGCACACACCACGCCCUCACGGAGGCGCUGGCCAUCAUCGGUGACAUCUCCACCUCCACCAUCUCCACACCUCUGCCGCCCCCUGUUGACAGUUCGUGGCUACAGGCUGGCUCAGGUCGCAGGUCUCCUCCCCUCAGCCCAACCGCUUCCAAGAGGUUCCCCUCUGGCCCCCGGGCCCCUGCUCGCGGCCCUGCCCCUACAGCGCCCCCCGUACCCUCUCGUCCGGGCCCCCCUGGCCCCUUCAAUAACAGCUCAGAUGCUUUCCAGCCCCCGCAGGUGCCCAAUCGCCCCAACCGAGCCCCUCCCAGUAUUCCCAGUUAGGAGGAAGGAACAGCGACCAGAGUCAACAUGGUAACAAGAGGAAGAGUUUGCUAGGAGUUGGCCUGGAGAAGACAAGGUGGGUUGUGUUAAGGGACACACAGGGUUUAGGAAAAGGAAGGACAUGUGAGAGUCCAGCCUAUAGUGUGGGAAAGUGACGCACAGAUACUCCAAUUUGCGUUUCGUUUCAGCUGCAGGUGGCGCUCUCUCAUGCAGCACUGAGGUGUACUGCGCAUGGACAGGGUUCCAGUCGGGCCAGUCUCUCUCUGAAUCGGCAUUUUCUUCUCGCCUGUUCUUGCUUUACCUCUGUCGUUUCUCCAUCCAACCAUCUUUUCCCUCUGCGACCCCUGCUCUCCCUCCUUCCUUUCUCUCUUUCCAUCACUCUUCCUGGUUUUUGGCUCCUCUCUCACCUUCUCUCUGCCUCAUUUCAGCUACACUCCCUUUCCCAGUUUUUUCCCCUCUCCUCCUCCACCCGUUCUCUCCCUCCAUCUCCGCUUCCCUCCUGGUGUGCUCACAUCUACGCCUCUUUGCCCUUAUCCCCCACCCUGUCCCCAUCUUCGCCGUGCCGCCACUCAUCCCCAUGCGCUCCUCUUCUUCCCUUGCUCCUUAUCAUUCUGCAGCACGCCGGCUGCCUCCUCCUCCUCACCCCCCCCAGUCGUACCCCCCCAUACGCCCCCGUUCCCAGUCUCAGUGCACGCUACUAUCCAGCUGCAUUCCCCACAGAGCCCCUUCAGCACCCGCGCACUCACAUGCCGUGUCCCCUGUGCUAAUUCAGUCUUGCACAAUUGACCCCUGUACACCGUCAGGUCAGGCUGUCUAUCGGGACACCAUCGCUGCACUCGUCGGCACCGCAGCCAGCCGUUCCCGUAAGCUAUUCCCGCCUCCGCCUCGGCAUCAAGCCCAGCACGACCACAGCAUUCCCAGACCGGCACAGUGUGCCUGAGAAGAACAUCUCCUGCUGUCUGUACAGUAAAAAAUGAUGUAGCACGUUCUCGAUGUAGAUGGGCUUUCUGCUCCAGCCUGGGGCUCAGUGCGUCCUUCUGAGGUUCUGUGAGACACUGUCCCUGCUUUUAUUAUCUCAGUGUUAUUGUACCCCAGCUGUAAGCAGUGAGAUAGUUGUGUGUGUCUGGGUGGUCAGAUCAGUGAUGUAUGGGGAGAUGCCUCCAUUACGGAAGGUUUGUAGGACAUGAUGAACCUGACGAGAUGGUCUGCCUGCAUUGCUACUCCUGACUAGAACCAAACAGCCCCCCAGCACCUUCACAGACUCUGAGUGUAUUGGGCUUCAUGUGUUUAGAUUAGGAAAAGCCCGCCCCAUGUUGGUGUUUUUCUCCCUCCUUUCACUGGCCCACUCCCGAGUUUUCCUCCUUCCCAUACCUCCCACCCUAACCCUCCUUCAGCUGUCUGUACCCAUCAGCUAUGAGCAUAGAUGGGUGGAUGGACAGAUGGACGGAUGGCCUUUAUUGCGUGCAUACUGUCUGUUAAUAUAUAUUGUGUUGUUGACAUUUUUACAGUAACUGUCAUUUGAUUGGUGCUCUAAAUGUCCUCAGUGCUCCAGUGUAUAGCAGUAGCAGAUCUUAAGCAAAUCCUCUCAUUGGCCUAUAUUAAUGAUAUAUAUAUAUAAUAUAUAUCCCAUGUGGUGGCAGAACCCUGAAGGCACAGAGAUCUGCGGGCACAGAGAUCUGCGGGCGCAUGCGGUCGAUGCUCCCUGUGCAGAUCCAGCCUCACUAACUGCGUGCUGUGUCUGUGUUCCUGUCCAGGAGACACCCACCAGCUGUGCCCUCCAGGCCUGAGCACUGAGACCCCCCCCCCAGCCUGGCCCCCAAAGGACCCCCGCUGGCACGCCGUCAUCACCCAUGGAGAAGCACGUCAGUGAGCCCCCACCAUGCUGCGGGCUGCUGGACUAGGCUCCGCCUUUGUGCCAUUCUGUACAUAUCAGUGUCGCGUCUGUGUAUCACGUGUGAAUGUCCUGCGGGGACAAAGAGCAUCCCGGCCACGGGAAACAGCGUCUGCGUCUCCCUCCAUCCCGGGUAACACUUCCUCCCACUCACUGUUAUGUUUGUUCUCUCUGUAAAUUAACAUAUAUAAAUAAACAUAUUAUAUAUAUAUAAAGUUUU